CUGUCGCUGACAGAACACUAGCAGCGUAGGGUGCCCUGACAGGGCCCAGGUUGCCGUUUGAAGCAUACUGCUCGUUAUCGGCGCCCCUCGCGACGCGGACGUUGAUUGUAUUGUUGCUGCCAUCGCCCUGGUGACGUUACUUCCCCGCUGCUCCGUGCUGCCAGCUGCGUGGGCCAACCUUUUUCAGCAUCGCAGCGGCAUAUAUAGUGCCAUCACAAUGCGUGCGGGCGCUAAGGAGGCUGGCAAAGGCACGUCCGGGGCGAAGCGCAAGGCCGGCGAGGAUGCGGCCGGCAAGGUAGUGGCCGCGGAGGCCAGCGCGAAGAACGCAGCCCCGGCCAAGGGCAGUGGAGGUGGCGGCGGCAAGAAGCGUGCAACAGCGGCGGCCAACGGGCCCUGGUUUACCGAGGAGGAACGCGUGCAGUUCCGGCGGGAGCUGCUGUCCUGGUACGAUGGCAACCACCGCGUGCUGCCGUGGCGCCGCACGCCGCACACGCAGCGCGGCGCGGCGGCGGACGGCGAGGGUGGCGAGGACGGCGUGGGGCCGGCGCCGGCGGAGCUGCCGCCGCAGCAGUUCGCGUACUGGGUGUGGGUCAGCGAGGUCAUGCUUCAGCAGACGCAGGUGGCCACUGUGAUCCCCUACUUCCGGCGCUGGGUGUCGCGCUGGCCCACCGUGUCGGACCUGGCGGCGGCGGACACGGAGGCCGUCAACAGCAUGUGGGCGGGACUGGGCUACUACCGCAGGGCUCGCUACCUGCUGGAGGGCGCCAAGUUCGUGGCGGGCCAGCUGGGCGGCACCUUCCCCACCUCGGCCCAGGAGCUGCUCAAGAUCCCCGGCGUGGGCCCCUACACAAGCGCCGCGGUGGCGUCCAUCGCCUUCGGCUCGCCCGCCGCUGCCGUCGACGGCAAUGUGAUCCGUGUGCUCAGCCGGCUGCGCGCCCUGCCCGGCGACCCCACCAAGCUGGGCGCGGCGCACACCGCCAUGGCGGGCGAGGUGCUGGACGGCGGCCGGCCCGGCUGCUACAACCAGGCGCUGAUGGAGCUGGGUGCCACGGUGUGCCGGCCCGUCAACCCCGACUGCAGCGCCUGCCCCGCCCGGCCCGUAUGCCGCGCCGCCGCCGAGUGGACGGCGUACGUGGAGGGCGGAGGCGAUGAGGGCGCUGAGGACGCGCCGCGCGUCACGCGGUUCCCGGGCCGCAAGGCUGUCAAGGAGAAGCGCGAGCAGGCAGUGGCCGUGACCGUGCUCGAGGUCAUCUGCUCCAAGCAGCCGCAGCUGCAGCAGCAGCAGCAGGGGCAGCAGGCUGAGGGCUCCGGUGCUGGGGACAAGACUCCCGGCGGCGGCGGUGGUACCACGGCGGCGGCAUCAACGCAGCCCAAGAAGCGCCAGCGCACGAUGCAGGACUUUGCUCUGGCGGCAGCGGCGCGCAAGCAGCAGGAAAAGCAGGAGGCGGCCGGGGGCGGCGCUGCUGCGGCUGCGGGCUCGGGCUCCAAGUCGGAUGUUGACGUCAGCGCUCUGCUGGCCAAGGGGGAGCGGCGGUACCUUCUUGUGAUGCGACCAGAGGGCGGGCUGCUGGCGGGGUUGUGGGAGUUCCCAGGCGCGGAAGUCCAGGAUUACACUCCAAACGCGGGCGGUGCCGACAACGAGAACGAGGGCGAGGACGACGACGCAGAAGCAGGCGCCAAGGCCGGCGCGCCGGUGCCGCCCUCCGCCGCCGAGCGCCAGCGCGCUUCCGACGCCCUGCUGCGCCGCCUGCUACUCCCUGGCGUCGCCCUACCGCCACCCACGCAGCCAACCGCCGACGCUGCUGCCGCCGCCGGCGGCUCCGCCGCCGGCGCUGCCGCGCCUGCGGCGCUGCUGCGCGUGCUGGGCCGUCACGACAUGGGCACCUACGUGCACGUGUUCUCCCACAUCCGCCAGACCAACCACGUGACGCGGCUCACGGCCGUGUUUGAUGGCGAGCUCGCAGACCUGGAGAGACUCAGCGGUGCAGCCGCCGCCGCCUCCGGCGCCAGUGCUGGUGGCGGCGGCGGCAGCAAGGACGGGGCUAAGGAGGAGGAGGAGGCUGGCAGGGCUAAAGAUGGGAAACAGGCGGAGAAGGAGCAGGAGGAGGAGGCGGGGCCGAGGCGGUUUAGCGGGCGGCGCAUGAGCGAGGGCGCGGGCAAGGAAGGCGAAGACGCCGCCACGGUUGUCAGCGACUCUAACGAUGACGAGGGGGAGGAUGUUGCGGACGGCGAGCAUGUCGAUGGUGACAAAGAGGCCAAGAAGGCGGGUGGGAAGAAGGGCGCAGCAGUAGCAGCGGCGACGACUGGCAGCAAGCGUGGUGCCAAGGGCAAGGCGGCGGCAGCGGCGGCUGCAACGGCGGCGGCGGCGGAGCCGCAGGCCAAGAUGUGGGUAACACGUGCCCAGCUGGAGGGCCCCGGGCUGGCGCUCAGCUCUGGUGUCAAGAAGAUUUUUGAGCUGGCCGUAGGCGGGGCCGUGGGCGCAGGGGGCGGCAGCAAGGGCGGAGCUGGAGCCAAGGGCGGCAAGGCCGCUGCUGGCAAGGAGAAGGGCGAGAGCGCCGGUGUGAAGAGCGCGGCAAAAGGCAAGGCUAAGGCUAAGUGAGCAGGCACAAUUAUGGAGGUUUGGCAUUACCGCAUGGUAUGUUUCGCUGCGACCACCAUUUCUAGGUGAACAGUGCGGAAACUGAAUCUUGUCUAUCGUGGCACAAUUGGUAUUUUUUAGCGCGUGAGCCCCUGGCGCCCACCACGCCCCCAGCCCCAGGGAUCUUACAUCUGAUGUACGAGCAUACUGCAAUUGGUGACCAUGGGAUGCAUAGGCUUCGGAGGCGUGUUGUGUGUGUGUGUGUGUGUGUGUGUGUGUGUGUGUGUGUGUGUGUGUGUGUGUGUGUGUAUAUGUGUUAAACACAAAACAAGCGGAACAAAGCCGCCAAACACGCGGUGUGCGUGUGUGGGGGUGGGGGGAGGGGCAGGGGGGGUGUGAGGCGGGCAUCAAAGUUCUCGAGGCUAUCAUGCGUGCAACUGUACAGCAACUAGGAUUGAGCUGAUAUGUGUUGCUGGGUCAGCAGCCAGCAAGGCCGUAAGGGCAACAGGUGAAUGCUCGUGAAUCCUCAACGAUCACGUCAACUGCGUAAAUGAUCUUGCUUCCCUUGGCGUGCACGCUCUUGCUUACCUUGGUUGUGGCUUUGUACUGGAGCGGCCGUUGUGCGAGAUGGAAGCAUUAGACGAAGGCACAAGACGUGGCAUAUGGGAGCCUAUGGGGCUGCCAAGCCGUGCGAUUGAAUGCAUUACCUAGUACAGGUUAGGUUUCAGGCAUGGGGUAGAUGGGGUUCCCAGCGCACGAACCAACCUUUACUACACCUCUCUACGCUUUAGUCAAAGGCGUGGCGUUGGCUGGGCGCUGGCCUGGCUCCGGUGACAUCAGG